UGCGUAACGCGUCACCAAACCACGUGUCACAUCUACGUCGACUUGUUCAGUUGCUUGGCAACUCCACUAACAAAAGACCCACCGUGGAUGAAAAGGGAAAAAAUAACUCAUAAAACAUUUUAAAGCGCCUGGCAUUCAGCGGAUGUCGCGCUCUGCAUCCAAGUCCCGCGCGGACACUCGGGGCCCUAAAGCCCCUGUCCAAGCGGCCUCUCCUCAGAGCAAUGACCCCCCCGUGGAAGAAGACGUGGUCCCCGGUCACCUGACCCAGACACAGUGGGAGGACUUGCUGAAGCUGGAGGAGACGGGGGAAAACGUUGAGGAGAUAGUGGAGGACCUCAUGGGCAAUGUCAUGGAGAAAUGUCUCAAGUCACACAUUCACAAACAGCUUGUGGCUUUCACCGUAUGCUGGGCCAAAGACUUCCUAGUCGAGGCUAUGGAACUGGCUCUCCUCUACCGUGACCCAGGAGACGGGCCGGAGGAGGCGUUCUCCACUGCUGAAGACUCACAGCCGGUGCCUUCACCUAUAGACUCCUGGGCCCAAGGCUGUGUGCCUGUUGUAUCCAUCAGCAGUCCUCCUCCUCCUCCUCUUCCUCCUCACGCAACUCCUCACAAAGCAGCAGGGCUGGAUAAAAAAGAGCCAGGAUCUCCCCGGCCGCCCUGCCCAGAGGCCCAGCUGAACAGCUCUAGAGUACAACAUGAGAAGCAUAGAGAGAGGAGUGGCCCUGCAGAUCACAGCCCUCACAGAAUAGCCACCCCUACCCCACCAGGCAAAAGCGAUAGAAAGAAAAAAAUGAAGAUUCUGCUAAAUACUGCGGCCAAAGAAUCAAUCCAGUCCUCAACACAGUCCCUUUCCCGGUUGGUUACCCAAGGGGAGCAGGAGGAGGACAGGAAGAGGAGGGUUUGUUUGUCCACUGAUGGGUUUGAUUCGUUACCUGCGUCUGAGGGCAAGCAACCCGUGUCAAAGCGACAUCAUGUCCUCCAGCCCCUGCCUCUUGUCUCUCCUCAGUAUGAGAUCCUGGACACACUGCUCCCUAAAAGACAGACCAUACAUGGACUUCCUCUCUCAGGGCACAAAUACACCAAACAGCGUGCGGCGUCAACCAGCAUGAAGCUCAAGCCAUUACCCAACUACACGGAUCAUAAGGCCAAGCUUCAACAAAGACCAAACGCCCAGCCCAGGACUGAUUCCUGGCUUGAGCCCAGACACCAUUCUACUCCCGUGGACGAGAGUGGUAUAAUUAGGUUUUCCGGAAGUUUGAGGCUAGACACCAUGAAUUUACUACCAGGGGUUUCCCUCAAUGAGUCACAGGGUCUUCAGAACAGUCCACUAAACACUGGUACUCAGGUCUGUUUGGAUAACAUGGCUGAGCUGAGGCCCAUACGAAGGUAUCCAGCCUUGCCAAGCCUUACUACUGAGCAGCGUAGUACAGGUGUACCAGCUCAGGCAAUGCCCCUCAAGUAACGCCAGAACGUGAUCAUGGGAUGACUUUUGUUAUAUUUUUUCAAAUAAUAAAAGUACACUAAGAAGAAUGUGAUGCGAAGAGCUGUAGGUGGCGUUGUUGUAGGUCAUGCACGUGUGUGUAUAUGUGAAAGGUGAUCAAUCAAUUUGAAUCUGAUGUGAAAAAAGUACACUCGAAAAUGUUAUUUUUAAAAACAAAAAUAUAUAUAUAUAUACAUAUUCUGCUAACCCAAAUAAUAAUCAUAAGCGUUGACAAUAUCUCAAUUUCUUCUGAAUGAUUUGAUUAAAUCAGUUUAUCUACUAUUACAUCAACAAAGGGUAAGAAAAGUAUAGCAAUUAUGACCACAAUUAAACUCACCCACAUUCAACUUCAAACUAAUUAAAAAGCUUGGUGGGCAAUAAGAAAAUUAUAAAAAUACAUGUUUUUAAUUUAUAAAUAUAUCAUCACUUUUGCAACUGCCUUUCUUCAACAUACGCUGUCGUAAAUAAACAUACUUAUUAUAAGUUAA